AUGGCAUUUCGAGGCCAGCGCUUCACUCUCAACCUCGAUGACGAUCAAGACCUCAACCUCGAUUCUUCACAACCUUCCCUCGACUCCUCCCCUUUCGGUCUGAUAGGCGAGAUCCGCGAGCGCUCCCCCUCCGCUGCCAUCCCCCCAGCUCCUAAACCCUCAACCGGAUCAACAGGCUUCCCUCAACAUCGACGGCGUGUCAAUCAGUCUGCUUUCAAACAGCGCAGGGCGAACAAGCAACAAGAACCGUCACCGCCGCCUGCCUCGACCCCUGCUGCCUCGCUUUCCGAUGAGAAGAAGAGCAUCGAUGAGGAGAACCGUCGGCAACUGGCAUCCAUGUCACCGGCCCAGGUACAGCAGGAGCGGGAGGAGCUUAUGUCUUCAUUGAAUCCGUCCCUGCUCGAGAGAUUCCUCCGUCGCGCACGGAUCGACGAUGACACUACCACAUCUGAGAAAAGCUCGUCACAACCAGAACCAGCACCCUCGUCUUCCUUAUCAGUGCAAGAUACUUCUACAGCGAAACCCAAGAAGUCAGUCUCGUUCGAUGUUGAAGAAGAUUCCAAGACAGCAACAGAGAAGCAAGAGCCAUCGCAGCUCAAGAGAACUCCCCCCGCAGUAACUUCUUCCGUUCUCACGCCAGAAGACCUUCCUCCAGCUCAACCCCCUGCCGACCUCCAUCCAGCGUCUGAAUUGCCCAGUCAUGAGGCCUUUCAUUUCCCUACACCCCCUCGACAAGACAAGCCACCAAAUCUCGACCCUUCGUCUCCUUCUUUCCUGUCGGACCUCCAAGCGCAUUAUUUCCCCGAAAUGUCUCAUGAUCCAUCCGCGCUCUCCUGGCUGCAGCCGCCAUCAUCCGACCCUGAAGAUCCAGACUCGACAUCCGCCUACCACCCCGCAAGUAGUGCAGAGGCCGUUCAUCCCUCCGCUCUCCGAUUCUCCCUCAUUGGUAAUGUCCUCUCCCCAGCCACGUCGCUCUCCCUCCCCACCACGCUCGGUCUGCAUCACCACGGCAAGGAUCCGCAUGCUGCCGGCUACACCAUUCCCGAACUCGCCAUCCUCAGUCGUUCGACUUUCCCCGCUCAACGUUGCAUCGCCUGGCAAGUUCUCGGCCGUAUCCUGUUCCGCCUGGGCAAGGGCCAGUUCGGGGAACGCGGCAGCCCCCUGGUCGAGGGCUUAUGGUCCGUGAUCGAGCGCGAGGGCGUAGUCGCCGGCAUGCUGGCAGAAGCAGACGGCGCUCCGUCCGGCGCAGGUCGUUCAGCUGCCGCUGAUUCGAACGACCCGUCUGCGUUGCCAACGCAAGGUACUCCAGUGCCAAAGGGGCCAACUGGGAUCGGUCGUCAUGCCAGUGCCUCCGCUUGGGCCGUGGAGGGCGUUUGGCUCUGGCAGAUGGGCGGAGGAGGAGAUCGGGGGAUCCUAAAAGAGAAUGCCAUCCGAUCGCAGUAG